CAUUAUUCGGACUUGCAAGCGCUAGCGGUCUUCAGAAGAGCAGUUCACUUUGGCUGUGUCAUGCGUCUCGGCAGAUCCUCGCUCAUCUAGUAGGAUAUGGCAUCCUGCUUAUCUCGUUUGGCAUCCAUUUGAGCAGCCAUCCGAUUCCGCUUUCUACUCUCGUCCGAAAUGCGCGGAGCCAGAUUGCUGGCUUCCUGGGCCCCCAGGAUCACCACCAGGCGGGGAGCCCAGGUGAAUGGAAGCAUUCUUAAAGAGUUCUACUCUGGAGCUCAUGCAUAUCAAUCCGGAAUUGGUGUUUCCGGUGUUCUCCGCCGACAAUUCUCGGGGGUAACAAGUCCAUUGCGCAACAACCUUUCGCUGACAUCUGGACUGCCCUUCACUUACAAUAAUGGCUCACGAUUUUCUAUCAUACGGACGCAAUUAGCAGCACAAUCUCGGUCCUUCUCUUCUACGCAACGGUCAUUGGACGCUAAGCCUGCGGACGCAUCAACGCAAUCGUCUCAAACGAACAACAGCACGGCUCAGGACAAGGAAGAUGAAGAGAUAGACAAGGGCUUCGAGAUAUCGGAGAAAGGAGCACAAGCUGCGCAGGUCAAUCUUUCAGCCAAGCUGGCGAAAGAUGGUGCUAGCGGAAAGAAAGCCGGUUUCAAAGAGAUAUGGAGGCUCCUGCUUAUCGCGCGACCUGAAGCUAGGAAGCUCGGGUUUGCUUUCUUCUUCCUGCUCAUCUCCUCGUCAAUCACAAUGUCUGUUCCCUUCUCGAUUGGUAAAAUCAUGGAUGCAGCCUCCAAGCCUUCCGAGGAAGGUGGGGAUCAGCUCUUUGGAUUGAGCGUGCCGAUGUUUUAUGGUGCUCUGGCCGGUAUCCUUACCUUGGGUGCCGCUGCUAACUAUGGUCGCAUCGUCAUUCUCCGCAUCGUCGGUGAGCGCAUUGUCUCUAGACUUCGUUCGAAGCUGUUCCGCAACACCUUUGUUCAGGAUGCGGAGUUCUUCGAUGCGAACAGAGUAGGCGACUUGAUCUCUCGGCUUGGGUCUGACACCAUUAUUGUGGGCAAGAGUAUCACGCAGAACUUGUCGGACGGCUUGCGGGCAGCAGUUAGCGGUGCAGCAGGCUUUGGACUGAUGACUUAUGUCAGUCUCAAGCUCUCUAGCAUCUUGUUUCUGUUGCUGCCCCCCAUUGGACUUGGAGCCUUUUUCUAUGGUAGAGCGGUAAGGAACCUCAGCCGCAAGAUUCAAAGAAACCUCGGUACUUUGACCAAGAUCGCAGAAGAGCGUCUGGGCAACGUCAAGACCAGUCAGUCUUUUGCUGGUGAAAUUCUCGAAGUCAACCGGUACAACAACCAAGUGCGCAAGAUCUUCGAGCUUGGCAAGAGAGAGUCCCUGAUUAGUGCUACAUUCUUCAGUUCGACUGGCUUCAUGGGCAACAUGACGAUCUUGGCGCUGCUCUAUGUUGGAGGUGGCAUGGUUCAGUCUGGUGGCAUCACGCUCGGAGAGCUGACAUCAUUCUUGAUGUAUACUGCCUAUGCUGGUUCCAGCAUGUUCGGUCUCUCUAGCUUUUACUCCGAGUUGAUGAAAGGUGUCGGUGCUGCUAGUCGUCUCUUCGAGUUGCAGGACCGUCAGCCAUCGAUCUCCCCUACUAAGGGUAACAAAGUUGAAUCUGCCCGUGGCCCUAUCCGUUUCGAGAAUGUGAAUUUCAGCUACCCGACACGGCCUGCCGUUCCUAUCUUCAAGGAGCUGAACUUUGAGAUCCCGCAAGGGAAGAACGUUGCCAUUGUGGGGCCUUCAGGAGGAGGAAAGUCGACCAUUGCUUCGCUUCUGCUCCGAUUCUACAACCCAACAGGCGGGCGUGUCUUGAUUGGCGGUAAAGACAUCAGCGAGAUGAACGCCAAGUCCCUUCGCAGGAAGAUCGGUGUUGUCGCACAGGAGCCCGUCCUGUUCUCGGGAACAGUUGCUGAGAACAUUGCCUAUGGCAGGCCACGGGCGACAAGGUCUGAGAUUGUCGCAGCAGCCAGGAAGGCGAACUGCCAGUUCAUUAGCGACUUCCCGGAUGGCCUAGAUACUCAGGUUGGACCUCGCGGAGCUCAACUCUCCGGUGGACAAAAGCAACGUAUUGCCAUUGCACGUGCCCUCAUCAAGGAUCCCGAUAUCUUGAUCCUGGAUGAAGCAACUUCUGCCCUUGAUGCCGAAUCCGAGACAUUGGUUAACAGUGCCCUCGCUGCCCUUCUUCGUGGGAAUAACACGACAAUCAGCAUCGCUCACAGACUCUCUACCAUCAAGCGCUCUGACACGAUCAUUGUUCUCGCACCUGACGGAAAGGUGGCGGAGCAGGGAACAUAUGAGGAGCUCAGCGCUCGUCCUGAUGGUGCCUUCACGAAGCUGAUGGAGUGGCAGAUCAGUGGCGGCGAGAACACUCCGACCAACGCUUCCAUCAGCCCAGCGACAGAAGAGAAACUGUGGGAGUUGGAGAAAGAGGAAGCUGAAGCUCAAGCUGAAGCUCAAGCUGAAGCAGAUGCCGACGCUGAAGACGCAAGUGGCGAACGCGGUCAGCAGAAGCAGUAGGCUGGCCAAUCGUUUGGAUAGAUUCUGACCUUUCCCUUCUCCUUUUCUUUGUUAUCUUGUCUUGCGCGGUGUAGAGUAUAUAGCCUGUAUGGGGCACAUACACUUUGUCUAGACGGCUGGGCCACCAACUCUGGAUGUAUCUACUACGGGAUCUUUGACACACUCGCGUGGCCCAGCUCUGAUGAAUGGAUAGAUAAAAUAUAAUACCCAUCUCUACUUC